CGGCGUCACAGGUUCAGUUUGUUUAGAGUCAGCAGAGAGGCGCUAUGGGUGUAAGGUAGCGGAGUGAUUUGCUUUAAUCCAAAUAUUGUCAAUGACGCGGAUUCUAUUUUAUACAGUUACCGAAGACACGACGGCGUAAAGCUCCUCCCGGUGUGUGCGGUGUUGCUGCCCCUCCCGACCGGGAGUGCAGAGGAGGAGGGAGAGGGGAGAAAACGGGAGGGGUAGAAGGAGUCCGUGGAUAGAAUGGAAGACAAGAAAGAGGAAGGCGAGUCCGAGAUUCAGGAACACGGGCCUGAGCACUGGUUCAGCAAGUGGGAGCGACAAUGCCUGGCUGAGGCCGAACAGGAAGAUCAACCGGAGGAGGAGGCCGAGCAGAGUCAGCAGAAACUCUGGCAUCUGUUCCAGAACUCGGCCACCGCGGUGGCGCAACUCUAUAAAGAUCGAGUGUGUCAACAACAAGGAUUGUCACUUUGGGUCCCUUUUCAGAAUGCUGCAACCGCUGUCACAAAUCUGUACAAAGAGAGUGUCGAUGCACAUCAGCGGAGCUUUGACUUAGGAAUCCAGAUAGGUUAUCAGCGACGUAACAAGGAUGUAUUAGCUUGGGUAAAAAAACGCCGAAGAACUAUUCGCAGAGAGGAUUUGAUCAGUUUUCUUUGUGGGAAAGUUCCCCCUCCACGGAACUCGCGUGCUCCCCCAAGACUAACUGUUGUAUCCCCUAAUCGAGCUACUCCAACAGAAACUGGUUCAUCUGUAGAGACUGAUUUGCAGCCUUUCAGAGAAGCAAUAGCUCUCCAUGGUCUCAGUGGUGCAAUGGCUAGUAUAAGUGUCCGCUCAAGUACUCCAGGCUCACCAACUCAUGUAAGUGGCAGUUCCAACACUGGCCGCAGGAGAAAUGGACUUCAUGAUGUGGACUUAAACACUUUCAUAUCAGAAGAAAUGGCACUCCACUUGGACAAUGGCGGCACUAGAAAGCGUACCUCAGCCCAGUGUGGCGAUGUCAUUACAGACUCACCAACCCAUAAACGCAACAGAAUGAUCUAAUCUGCAAAAAAUUACAAAUCCACCAUGCUGCUUUAAAGCCACUUGAUCCUCAACAUAACUGUUAAAGAAAGGAACCAUGAAAGCCCCUUCCCUUCUUCACUGUUUAAGAGAAGUGAAUUCAAUAAUGAUUGCCAUAAAGGAAGUGCUAGGUGUUACCAUAGAUGCCUCUAAUAGCUGUUUUUUUUUCUCUCCUACAGUUAACAUAGCCGAGGACAUCUGAUAUUUUGUAGUAGCUGACAAACAACAAUGAUCCAAGUGAACAUCUGUCCAUUUAUUGCAAAGUGCCCUUACAUGUUUGCAAAGGGAAAAUAUCAGAUGUGUUUUUAUUUUAUUUUUAUUUUAUCCCCCUUUUUGUUCAAGCUGUACUGAGUGUUUUGCUUCAACAGUAUUUGCCAUUAUUUUGAUACUGCCUAAACCUGACUGGGCACUAUUCAAAUUGAUGGGCUAACUUACCUUCACACCUCCUCAACUUAGCAUGCAGCUAGUUCCUGUUCCUUUGUGUGGGGAAAAAUUAUAAAUGCUGAACUUUUUUUUUUUUUUUAAUAUUGGUAAUUGUAUGGUUAUCUAUAGAGGUGCUAUGAUGGUCAUUCAAUUAAUACUUAACAUUGAUUUAGUACAAGGAUCUUUAUUGGAUUCACUUUGUGUGUUUUAGUGCUCUGAAGUAACAAUAUUAAAAACUUCCCCCCAAUUAAUCUCCAUAGGCUUCUUAAAUUUCGUCAGUUGAAGCACAUGUAUGCACUUAUUUACAUGCUGAUUGUAUCCUUGUGAGGUAAAUGUAAAAUGUACAAGCCACACUAAAUGCUGAAGUACCCAAAAAAAGCUUUACUAUAACUCAGUUACAGUUCAUUUUGUUAACUGGUAGAUAUUUAUUUCCUGUUGAGUCUCAUGUAAACCUAUAUUUUGUAAAUGUUUUUCUCCCUAUUUUAUAGUUAGUUUCAAGGUCACUUACACUGCUCUUAUUUCAAUGCCCUUUGGGGAAAAAUAUGGAGUUUAACUCCUAAAAUAUGGGCUAAAUAAGGGUUAAUAUGUGGCAUGCCAUACUACAUAUUAAAAUGCUUGUUGUGGCUUCAUCUUCUGCCCUAGACUGCAAAUGACUUGUUUUUAAUUGGAUAACCUUUGUGCAUCUAGUCUUGUUACCGGUUCUAUGAUAUCUUAUAAGAAUUGAGCCCAACCUUUCUGCACAAACAUCUGCUUUCAGUAUUUUGCAAAUAUUCCUGUGGAAACAUCUCAAGUUUUGCAAAAUAAACAUUUAAUGACUCUGUUUGCAGUUUUCCAAUCAACAGCUAACAGUACAUGGAGCUCUUUGCUAACAGUUGCUUGUAGAGUAACCCAAUUUAUGCCUCAAGUGGUAAAAGGGCUAGCUAUAUGGUUUCUCAAAUCUGCUGCGUUGUUUAACAAUUUACAUGCCACCCACAAUGGAAUUGACAGCGCCAGCAUAGAAUGAUUGCUGGGCCACACUGUAGAUUAUAUAAAUGGGUUUCUGUUUGAUCAUCAUGCACAUUGCUGGUAAACUCACUGCAAGGCAUAGUUUAGUGAGAUGUGGAACUAAAUGGGUUUAAGAUAUUUACAUUUUCUUUUUGGCCAUGUGACAAAAUAAUCAAGCUUUGUACAGCAGAUCAAAUGUUGACCUUAGUAACUUUUUGUAUUUUUAGAAAUGUUGCAAAUACAACAUUGUUUCUAAAUGAGUAAUUUCAUCUGGAUUCUUGAUACUUCCUGAAACAAUCAUUUGUGAUGUGUCAACUGAACUUCAUUUAUAUUACAAUAAAGGCACUCUUAUGAACCCUGGUUUUAAACCACCUGACACACUUGAAAGAAUAUGGUGUGAGGAGAUAAAAAUAAAACUGACUUGUGUGCAUCUUUGUUAAUCUAUUUUAUCAACACAUACCUUAGCUGAAAGGUUCUUUUAAGUUUACUGUUUAUAAUGAAGUUCAGUUCUGCAAACCAUCCCAAUGAUCUCUUUUUAAAGCCCUGGUAGUGUAGUAAGUAAAAUAUGUUUAUAAAAAGGCAACUGCAGACUCAGUCUUUAAUUAUUUAAACAAGCCAUAUUUCCUAUGAUAUGGCUUCCAUUUUUAUUAGUAGUGCAUUGUACACUAUCAUUAUUACACAGAUUUUAGAGAAUUUAUCCCUGCAGUUUUUUUUUGUACUGUGGCAUCUGUACAUUGAUCAUUACUAGUUCUCUCUGUAUUUCCUUCUUAGUAUCAGAGGGAUUUUGAGAAAAGUAGUUUGUACUGUGUUGCCGUUUUGAGGUAUUUAAUUUGUAAAAUCUUUUGCUAAAGUUGACACUAUACUAGUUAAAGCCAAUAGGGUGAAUUGUUUUUUUUU